AUGAACAAGAGUUCCAUGAGUGUGUCAUCAAUGGAGAGUCGUGAUCAUGCAAUUAAUAGUUCAAAAACAAAGAAGAAUAAAGUUAUCUGGACACCAGAUUUGCAUAAGAAGUUCUUGGAGGCUAUUGAAAAGAUUGGAGUUGAAGAAGUUGUUCCAAAGAAAAUACUAGAAUUGAUGAAUGUUGAUGGAUUAACUAGAGAUCACAUAGCGAGUCAUUUACAGAAGUACCGAAUAUACUUGAAGAAAAUAGCGGAUGCAAAUAAUCGUGUUCAAAUCGCAUCAAAGCCAAGCUUGUUAGAGAGCUCAAUGAUCAAUGAAGACCCUUGGAGGAACUCUUCAUUGAUACCUAAUCAACAAAAGAAUUUCACACCUUAUAGCGGAAUGCAUGAAAUGAUGAAUCCUCCACUUUUAGACACUUCAAGCUUCUCUUUUCCUGUUCUUGAAGCUUCAAGUUUUAAUCCUAUAACUUCUUCUCAAGUAGCCCAUUCACAUGCAUUACCAAAUCAAGGUUAUUCCAUCCAAGCAUCAACAAUUUUGCAACAAACAAUGCCCAUAAGUCUUGAUGAAGUCAGCAAUUCUUCGUGUAUACAAAAUCUUGAUGGCUUCAUGUAUGAUAAUGGUGGUUCAACAACAUAUGUACACCCGUAUAUAAGUAGUGAAAUGGGCUCAUUUGAUGGUCUUUACACUAAUAACGAGUUACAAAUGAGUUGGAAUCAUGAAGGCUUUAAUGGAUUUGAAAGCAACUAUUCUAGUCAUGGUGAAGUUGUUGAAACAUGCUCGUUGUAUAGUUCAAACUCGAACAUGGAAAUGUCAGAUUACUCGUAUAAUGAGAUGGAGAUGAAUAUUGAUUCGGGGAGUAAUGUACAAAAUAUGAUAGGAGAAGAUGACUUGAUAUUGGAUGCAUCCUAUAUAGCUUCUCUCUGGGAGACAUUCUUUCCUGAAGAAUUAUAUGUUGAUUCUUAUGGUGAGUAUGGGAGUACUUCAAACAAUCUACCCGUUAUAUACGAGCCUCCAUAUCAGGAUGUGUAUAGUCAAAAUCUUCCAAAUAUGGUCUCAUUUGAUUCAACUCACAAUGAAGAUCAUGUCAACAAGAAGCAACAUUCAAAUGAGCAUGUCAACGAGCAACUCAUGGAGUCCAUUGAAGAUGAUGUGACCUUUCAAACCUUACUUUUGAAUUCAUAUGUUCAAGAUUAA